AUGUGUGCAGGAGGGGCGAUUGCAUGGUUCUCCAAGACUCAGAAGUGUGUGACUUUGUCUACCACGCAGGCAGAAUACGUGGCGAUGGCGGACAUGGGGAAGGAGAUUUUGUUUUUGAGGCAGGAUAACGAAGGGGCUAUCCAGAUCGCAAAACACCCGGUCUCGAAUUCCAACUCGAAGCACAUCAACGUGCGGCAUCACUUUCUCAGGCAGCUCGCCGAUGAGAAGGAGGUAGAGAUCAUCCACGUAGCGUCGAAGAAUCAGCAUGCCGACUUCCUCACGAAGGCGCUACCUGAGAGAGAGUUUGUUUCCCACCGGGACUACGUGAUGAACUUGAAGUGA